AUGAGUCCAGAACAGGUCCCCAUUGAUGUGAACCCCGAGCCACCUGAAGCUGCUGACUCUCUCCACUGUAGUCCCAUUGUUUUGCUGACGUUGAGAUGGAUUGUUGUCCUGGCAUCAAGAUGUCGGGGCUCUGUUCGCCGUCUCGUUGCCAUCGGUGUUCAGGCCGAUGACGGUUGGGACGUCAGCAAACUUGAUGAUGGUGUUGGAGCUAUGUGUGGCCACGCAUUUGUGCGUGGACAGGGAGUAGAGAAGAGGACUGAGCAUGCAGCGCUUAGGGGCUCCGGUGUUGAGCAGGAGACAGCUCUGGCCUUCAGAGUCAGACAACAAGCAGAAGCUUCUCUGCUGGCCACACGUCUUUUUGGCAACGGGCUGGUCCUGGUCAUUAUCUAUCGGUUUGAGAAGCUGACCACUGUGACCAACAUCUUGUUGGUGAACCUGGUGGUGUCCUCCCUGAUCUUCAUGAGCAGCCUUCCCUUCCAGGGUGUCUACUUGCAGCUCUCCUACUGGAUCUUCGGCGAUGUCAUGUGCAGGAUUGUUGGUGCCGGUUACUAUCUGGGCUUCUACAGUUCGGUCCUCUUUCUAACUCUUUUGACUUUCGACCGACACCUCGCAGUUGUAUACUCCUUGAGCGCGGCUCGAGUGAGGAAUCGAAGCUAUGCGGUAAUGUCCUGCGCUGCGGUUUGGCUGGUCAGCGGCAUGGCGUGCAUCAGGCCGAUGAUUCUCUACUCCACUUUUAAAUAUCUCGAGACCACAACGUACUGUCAGGAGUUUCCUGGUGAAUUAUCUUCUUUUAAUAUGCAGAUGCUCAGAAGAUCUGGAUUUUACAUUCAACUUUUUCUUUUCUUGAUCUUUCCUCUGGCUGUUAUUAUCUACUGCUACGUUAGGAUCGCUAUCACUGUCAUGUCGUCCAAGAUAGUUACCAAGUUCAAGACAGUCAGGUUAAUAUUUGUCAUCGUUCUGCUAUUUUUUAUAUGCUGGACCCCAUUCAACAUUGUAAUGCUGAUGUAUGAUGAAGCUACAACCUAUGAGGAAAGGCAGAAAAUGGGUUAUGCUCUUGAAAUCACUCGUGUCAUUGCUUACAUUUACUUUUGCAUCAGUCCUAUCUUCUACACAUUUGUUGGGAAAAAGUUCCAGAACUAUUUCAGACAGCUGCUGGUGAAACGUUUCCCUGGGUUAAAGAACCAUAUUUCUGUCAGUCAACAAAGCAAAACCAAUAUGUCUACAAAAAGUACACGAAAUGAGCUUUAGCAAAUGGGAAAGCCCUAUGUAUCUAAGUACUGGCAAACUAUCUGUUACAUCUACUCUCUGGUUAGCUAUGUUGCUAAUUUCACCAUUCUCAAGCCUUUGAUUGAUUUUUUGAACGUUUGUUGUCAAAGUCCAGUCAACAUUGUAGCUCCUGUCACCUCUUUAUGUGCCAUGAUGGCACAAAUAAUAAAUAAUAAAAGAAAUGUCAAAUAUGGUUCGCCAAUGAAAAUCAUACCACUCCUGCUCUGUAUCAUUUUCACCUUUUGAAGACUUAGGUAAAUAUUUCUUUGGCUGAACUGUUUAGACAUAAUGUGAUUUGCCAAGCUUGCCCUUGUUUCGCUUUUCUAUUGAAGCAGUUCAUUUGUAAAUAGUUUUUGGUGAUUUUCUGCCUUUUAGUGGUCACAGGUUGAUUAAUAAAGCUCUAAAUGAAGUGUGUGUGUGAUUAUAAGAACAUUGAUAUUGGACAGAUCUGUAAACCCCGGAUUACUCUCAGUGGCAAUAUUACACCACAAAAGCGAACACCCCUUACUUCUGAUUUAUUAGCACGACAACUGUAUCAAAAAAAUUAAGGUGUAGCUGAUGGGUGCCUCUUCUAAAAUGUAACUACACGUCAUGGCUAUGGAUAUACAGAGAUACCACAUGGAGAACUGUAAUUGGUCAGCUAGGGCUACUUGUGUUUUCUUCUACAAGUCUCCAUUGUCAGUAGAGAUUAUUGAUAGUGAAGACAGUAAUGAAAAUAAACCAUUUAUUGUAACUCUCCAUAUACUGCAUAGUGUUCUUCUGCAAAACAAUGAAUCAAAUGUGCACACUCAUCGACAUUUGAUUUUUUAUGUUGUUUCUAUCUAUUAUACAGUAUAUCUAUCUGUUUUUGUUUGACUUGGCUCUUGCAUUUGCCUGUGUAAAUCUCAGCUGUUUCAUUAAAUAACCUUUGAAUCGGUA